CCGCCCCCGCCGCCCAUCUCCUCGGGGAUUGGCUGCCUCGGCUGGUGGGCGGCCCCAGAUGCGGAUGAAGUUGGGGGUCCCGGGCGCUGGCUGCUGGGGGUUUCAGGCCCUCGUGGCGGCCGAGGUGCCGCGCGCGAGGUGCGCCCAGGGGGUCCCCAGUCGCGCGCUCUCGCUGCGCCCUCGGCGGAGAUCCCCGGCCCUUUUCCACCCCUCUUGCCCUCUCGCGCCCCGCCUGCCGCGGCGCUCCCCGGCUUCCCCGCGACACCCGGGUCCCGCGUUUUGCAGGAGUGGAGGUCAAGGCCCGGGCCUGGGAGCCUCGUGUGUCCGGGCAGGCUCGGCGCGCUGGCCCCCGGGGCUGCUGUGGGGGCGCGGGGUGGGGACCCGGGCCGGGGUCGGGCCGCGGGGCUGCUCGGGCCCCAGCUCCGCGAGGCUACAGACACCCGGAAACGGAUUCCGCCGCCGCGUCCGCGCCGGCCGGGCGCCUCGGAGGGGGCGAGCGGGCGGGCGCCUGCUGAGUAAUCCCCGCGGGAGGGAGGCGGCAGCCCGGGCGCCCACGUCCCCGCCGCGCUGCAGCCCGGCCGCGGCUCCCCCGCUGCGCCCCGCCCUCGCCCGCCGCGCGCCACUCGGGGCAGGUAGAGCCGGGCUCCGGGCGCGCGCGGGGCCGCAGCAGCCACACCGACCUCGCCUCGGCCCUGCGCAGUCUCGCGCGCCCAUGGCCGGUUCGGAGCAGCAGCGGCCGCGGCGGCAGGACGACGGGGCCUCGGCCGCGGCGGCGGCGCCCCUGCAGGACGCGGAGCUGGCUCUGGCCGGCAUCAACAUGCUGCUCAACAACGGCUUCAGGGAGUCGGACCAGCUUUUCAAACAAUACAGAAAUCACAGCCCAUUAAUGAGUUUUGGAGCCAGUUUUGUCAGUUUUUUGAAUGCCAUGAUGACAUUUGAGGAAGAAAAAAUGCAGUUGGCAUGUGAUGACUUAAAAACUACGGAGAAGCUGUGUGAAAGUGAAGAGGCUGGAGUAAUUGAAACAAUCAAGAACAAAAUUAAGAAGAAUGUUGAUGUCCGAAAGUCCACCCCGUCUAUGGUUGAUCGGCUUCAGAGGCAGAUAAUCAUAGCUGACUGUCAAGUUUACCUGGCUGUGCUGUCAUUUGUAAAACAAGAAUUGUCAGCAUAUAUAAAAGGUGGGUGGAUCCUCAGGAAAGCCUGGAAGAUCUACAACAAAUGCUAUCUGGACAUCAAUGCCCUCCAGGAGCUGUAUCAGAAGAAGCUAACUGAAGAGCCAUUGACUUCUGACGCUGCAAAUGAUAAUCACAUUGUGGCUGAAGGGGUGUCUGAGGAAUCUCUGAGCAGGCUGAAAGGUGCCGUGAGCUUUGGAUAUGGCCUUUUUCACCUUUGCAUAUCCAUGGUGCCCCCCAACCUGCUCAAAAUCAUCAACCUGCUGGGUUUUCCUGGAGACCGCCUACAGGGGCUUUCUUCACUGAUGUAUGCAAGCGAAAGUAAGGACAUGAAGGCCCCUUUAGCUACACUCGCUCUGCUCUGGUAUCAUACCGUAGUCCGCCCGUUUUUUGCCUUGGAUGGCAGUGAUAAUAAAGCAGGCCUGGAUGAAGCAAAGGAAAUUCUUCUCAAAAAAGAAGCUGCUUAUCCAAAUUCUUCCCUCUUUAUGUUUUUCAAGGGACGCAUACAACGAUUAGAGUGUCAAAUCAACAGUGCCUUGACUUCCUUCCAUACUGCUUUGGAACUUGCAGUAGAUCAGAGAGAAAUCCAGCAUGUCUGUCUGUAUGAAAUCGGUUGGUGCAGCAUGAUAGAGCUGAACUUCAAGGAUGCCUUUGAUUCCUUUGAGAGGCUGAAAAACGAGUCCCGGUGGUCCCAGUGCUAUUACGCCUACUUAACUGGGGUUUGCCAGGGAGCCACUGGUGAUGUGGAUGGGGCACAGAUUGUCUUUAAGGAAGUCCAGAAACUCUUCAAAAGGAAAAACAAUCAGAUCGAACAGUUCUCAGUGAAAAAGGCAGAGCGAUUCCGCAAGCAGGCCCCAACCGAAGUGCUCUGUGUGCUGGCAUCCAUUGAAGUGCUGUACUUGUGGAAAGCCCUCCCAAACUGUUCCUUCCCCAACCUACAGAAGAUGAGUCAAGCUUGCCAUGAAGUGGAUGAUUCAUCUGUUGUUGGAUUAAAGUAUUUGCUUCUUGGCGCCAUACACAAAUGUCUAGGAAACUCAGAAGAUGCCAUUCAGUUCUUCCAGCGAGCUGCUAAAGAUGAGUUGUGUCGUCAGAAUAACUUAUAUGUUCAGCCAUAUGCUUGCUAUGAACUUGGCUGUCUUCUAUUAGACAAACCAGAGACUGUAGCAAGAGGCAGAACUCUUCUUCUUCAAGCAAAGGAGGAUUUCUCUGGCUACGACUUUGAAAACAGAUUGCAUGUCCGCAUCCAUGCUGCUCUGGCCUCUCUGAGGGAAUUGGUCCCUCAGUGACAGACCCGGCUUCCUGCCCUGCCCUCCCCAUCAAGGUUCUGCACUUUAAAAUAAAAGCAGAGGACGCAGCUCUUACGAAGAUCGGCUUUUCUUCUGAAAACCAUCUGUGCCAAGGACACAUUGUCCCAGUUAGGCUGACAUAUUAAAGAUCUCCUCUUUUAAACCUACAGCUAAAGAGUAAUGAUGAUGAUGGUAAUAGCUAACCACCUGGGGAGAGGGUCAAGUGACCUUGUUCAAACAUUUUAGUUUUGUGAUUUAUUAUUUUUAAAAUAAAAUCAAAUUAAAUAUUCAA